AUGGUGGAGCUGACGCACCACCUGAGCAAGUGGUUGGAGACAGCCGAAUUUCGGCAUUAUUUUCCACAGCCCUCCGUGAUUCACCGUGUCGAAGGCUUUCGUCAGAUCUACGAAGGUAGAGUACAGGUGGGUCCGCAUCUCCUAGCAUUUCUCCUGCAGUUGGCGGGCGGCCAAAAUCAUUUCCGUGGUUACGCGGAGAAGGCGGAGGGCGGACUAGCUUUCCAGCAGGGGACCCUGUUCCAGAUGGUUGAGGAGAACUUAAGCGAAGAUCUUCCCGGCGAUAUUCAGCGAGGAGAUACCUCGGUGGUUGUCGCGGAGUUAGCGGUUACCUUUCUGCUUGUAAAAGUGAAUGGUUGUGGCUAUCUGAAAUCCUGGAGGACUUCUUCUUGA